GACCCUUCCCGGGGCACUGCCCCUGUUUGCCCCCCUUCUGCGGCGGGGCCGGGUCGGGGCCCUGGGGCUUCUCCCGCCCCGCCCGCUCGGCGCUUCCGCCGGGCACACGGUCGGGGGCGUUGGGCUGGAGCUUCCCCCCCCGGCGCUGCUACGAGCCCCGGGACUCUGCUCACCCGCGCUGCGGCGGAGCGCGGCCGGCUCCCUGCCCCGGGGAAGGGGCCUCUCUCCAGGCCGAGGGGGCGCCCUGAUCCCUCCCCCCGCUCCUCCCCUGCGCUCUCCCCGCCUCUUGCCCACAGAUCGGGCCGCGGCUCGGCUCCUUCCCGCCCGCCCAGCAGGCUGCAGCCGGGACCCGCUGGCGGGGCUGCAGGACAAGCUGCGCCUUGGGCGGCGAGCGGGGCUCGGCGGCGGCUCCCCGCGUCCGGGGCUGGGAGUCGGGAAGCUCCUGACACCCUCUGGGGCUGCCGCGGGCUCCCUCCGCUAGACACAGCCGGGCUGGGGCCAGCUUCAUCGGCACCCCCCAGCAGUGACGGGGGGGUCUUGCAUCAGCAUCGCCUGCAAACCCCCCCCCCCAGCAGUGACGUGGGGUCUUGCAUCAGCAUCGCCUGCAAACCCCCCCCCCAGCAGUGACGUGGGGUCUCGCACCAGCAUCUCCUGCACCCCCUCAGCAGUGUCUGGGGGAGGGUCUUGCACCAGCAUCGCCUGCACACGCUCCCCCCCCAGCAGUGACAGGGGGGAGUCUUGCACCAGCAUCGCCUGCGUCCCCAGCAGUGACGGGGGAGGGGCAGGAACUAGCCUUGCCUACACUCGCCCCCAGCAGUGACGGGGGAGGGCUUGUGCCAGCGGUGGCGGGGGCUGCUUGCAGCAUUCCUUUUCUUGCCUGCAGAAGCAGCCUGGGAGGUUGGUAGCAAAAGCACUUUGCAGCAGGUGAAGGAUCUGGGUCUAUCACAGAACCAAGCUGGUGGAGUUUGGGGCUCUUCAGUUCCUGGCAUCGCUAAGUGCUGGCUCUGGAUGUCAGAUUUUCCACUGGGAGCACCGCAGCACGGAUCUGUCUUGCCUCUCCUGUACUUGCCUAACCCCUGUCUCUGACUGCCCCCCUUACCCAGAAUGGCAGCCAUCAAAAACUUGCAGCUGUGGUGCAAGCAGCAGUGUGAAGGCUACCGGGAUGUCAGCAUCACCAACAUGACCACCUCUUUCCGGGACGGCCUGGCAUUCUGUGCCAUCCUUCAUCGGCACAAACCAGAUCUCAUAGACUUCAAUAUCCUGAGUAAGGAAAACGUUUAUGAGAACAACUCUCUAGCAUUUCGAGUGGCUGAAGAACAGCUGGGCAUUCCUGCCUUGCUGGAUGCUGAGGAUAUGGUGUCUCUGAGGGUGCCAGACAGGCUGAGCAUCCUCACUUACGUCUCCCAGUAUUAUAACUAUUUCCAUGGACGCUCACCAAUUGGAGGCCUGUCUGGAAUCAAGCGUCCCACUUCUGAAUCAAGCGAGGAGCCACCUGGGAAAAAGGCCAUUUCGGAACCCAUCAAGCCGACUCCUGUAAGUUCACCAGCACAUCCACCAGCUGCAGCCAAGAUAAAUCCAGCAAGUCCAGGGCAGGAUCUGCCAAAGGAAAAUCCUCCAGUGACAUCGAAAAGGAUCCUGGUAGACAGUGGUAAUCUUCGUAGCAGCAGCUGUGCCAUCUGUGGGAAUCACGUGCACCUGGUUCAGCGACACUUGGUCGAUGGGAAGCUCUAUCAUAGGAACUGCUUCAGUGAACUUCUGGAGAUUAGGAUGGCUGCUUCUUGGACAAUAAAAAGGCUCUUCAGAGCCGGCUUGGUGGGGUGCAAACAGUGUUCCAACACUCUACAGUCUGGGGCCUACAAAACCGGGACCGAACCUGGUACUUACAUCUGUACCAGCCACCAACAGCCAACCAAUCUCUGGAAUUCUGGACCACGUAGCAUAGAGAACAAACCUACUAUGACCUCGGGAGAUCCCCAGAAGGUAUUGGUGAAAUCAAGUCAGUUAAACAAAGGCACCAAUUCCACCUCCGAUUCCCCCAGUUCCAUCAUGCCAUCUAGGUUACCUGCUGGCAGCAAUUCUAGCUCUGGUCCCAAAAGCCUAAAUGCUCCAUGGUCCUCGUCAGCUGGGAAUAAAUCAGAUUGCCAUGAAGGUACCACUUCAUCUUCUUGGACAGCAUCAGGAGCAAAAACGCAGCAAGCCCGAAAGAAAUUCUUCGAGUCCAGUGGGGGUACUUCAGAGUCUUCAACUGCCAAAUCACCGGCUACUAAAGAUCAAGACCUUCCUUCUCUUCCCUCUCAGGCUGCUAGUAAAACCACCUUUGGCAUAUGCUUUUCUGGGGCAAACUCAGGCGGCACUGAGAAAGAUAAAGCACGUCAACAUCUCAUGCUGGCUCUUCCUGGAUCAAAUGCCACUGCAAACAGGCCAGGAGGGGUCAGUUCCAGUGGUUCCCCGCUGCCCAGCAGCUUUUCUCCCACUGUCUCCCCCAGGCAGAGUCCUGAUCACAAAAUACAGGCCAACAAACCAGGCCAUACAAAAAAAACAGAGCAUGCAGUCAUUGAACCUUCAUCCAAAAGUCCAGGAAACAAGGUAGGAGUUUGGGCUGCCACGCAGAAUGGAGAGAAGGGCCCGGCCACCCUCAGACCUGCCGACACAGCGCGUAAGCCUGACUGGAAAGACACCAGAGUAGGAGGAGUGAAUGCCAGUGAAGAUAAGUCUGAGAACCCAGCCUCCUGGCGAUCCAUAUUGAAGCCAGUGGCCAACAAAGACUCCAACCAGGGUGUUCCUAAGAAACCUGUGGACAGCUCCAAGGUGACGAACAACAUAGCCCUGAGCCCAGCACAGGGGAAGGAGAAAUCACCUUCAUCCAUUGCCAUGCCAACAAAUAAGGACACUGUUCCAUAUGCUGCGCUGCCUCAAAAGAAGAAACUGAUCCCUGACAAGGAUCUUUGCAGUGACUGGCCAAAAUGGGGAGAGCCUUCCAUCCCUGCCAAGGAGAAGGAGUCAGGCCAGACAAAUCGGGUGUCUGCUCCAGUUAAACCGCCAGCUCCAAAAAUCUUCCAGAGCAAUGAAGUGGCAUCCCUGACCAAGCUCCAAGAAGACUACAUCCCUGAAGAAGAAAUCCAGGAGAAGGUGCGAGAGAUCGAAAAGCAGCUGGAUGGGCUGGAGCUCAAGGGAGUUGAUCUGGAGAAGCGUCUGCGUGACUGUGAGGGAGAUGAUUCAGAGGAUGCUCUCAUGGUGGAUUGGUUCAAACUGAUCCACGAGAAACAGCUGCUGCUGAGACUGGAGUCAGAGCUGAUGUACAAAUCGAAACAGCAGAAGCUGGAGGAGAAGCAGUGGAAUAUCGAGAGCGAGCUGCGGCGCCUAAUGAACAAACCAGAGGAGCAGAAGACCUACAUGGAGAAGAAGCGGGAGAAGGAGCUGCUGGGCUCCUAUUUGAACACUGUCAAUGACAGAAACGAUAUUGUGGAAUGCCUGGAUGAGGACAGACUCAGAGAGCUAGAGGAGGAUCAGAUGCUGGCAGACAUGCUCCGGAAGCUGGAUGCAUCUCCAGAGAGCCAGGAGCCCAACAAGAGGAAAAACAAGUUCCGCUGGUCCAAAAUAUGGAAGCAGAAAAGCAAGAAGAAAGCACAGCAGUGAAGUUCCCUGCAUGGCAGUGUGGAAGGCCGUGGCGUCCAGGAGAUGGUCCCUCCCCAGCGCUGCUUCUCUGGAGUCAGACAGUGCUCCUCUGCCCUGAGAGAAGGGGAUUCAGGGCAUGAGGACUGCUGGGGCAGCAUGAUUCCCCUCUCCUCCCAGAAGGAGCUCGAGGCGUUACCCACCCAGCUGAGUGAGAGCUGCAGUCUCUGUCAGGAGAUUGGGACUUGGGAACUCUUGCUUGAAUUCUGCGCUGUGCCUUGCACUGAGCCAGCACUGGCCUGGCUCCCACUCCGCUGAGCAGAGCUGAUUUUCUCCCUGGCUGCUAGCUCGCUGGCUCUCUGGUCACACUAGUUCUGAUGACCGCUCCCUGACCACCCACUGCCACUGAAUGGGCUGCACUCCUGCCCAGGAUGGGUACGUGAAGGGGGAGCUGUUCCGCACCCUCCCUCCCAGCAUACAUUUGCUCCACAAACAUUUGGAAGCUCGAAGGGUGUCUAUAUUGCAGGAAAACACCUGUCGUUGGCCUGUGUCAGCUGACACAGGCUCAUGGGCUAUAAAACUCCAGUGUAGAUGUUCAGGCUUGGGCUGACGCCCAGGCUCUGAAACCUCAUGAUGGGGGAGAGUCCCAGAGCCCAGGCUCCAGCCAGAGCCUAAAGGUCAACACUGCAAUUUUAUAGCCCUGCAAUCCUGAGUCAGCUGCCAUGGGCUAGCCAUGGGUGUCUUAUUGCAGUGCAGACCUGCCCUGCGGAGCCAGGAGUCGUCGCCAUGGGCCACCAGGGACAGAGGACCUCUCGCAUCAGGAACUGCAGGCCCCAGCAUGAACAGACUAGGAAGGGAGGGCGGGCACAGAGCUGGGGAUCUGGCUCACAUGGGGAGAAGGUUAGGGAUGGGAAGGCCCUCGCUGGGCUUUGAGGAGAGAGGCUGCUGCAGAGACAUUCAGCAGCACUUUGACUUUCCAAACUACAAGGUGCUUGUCUGUCUGGGCCAGGCAUCUCCAUGACAUGACACUCCCUGCCGCCUUCCGCAGGAAGGGGCAGGACAGUGCUUGCUGUCCUGGAGACUGGGCUGGUAAGUGGAGCUCUCGCUGCCUAUGGCUCGUCACUCAAGAGGUGGCAGCAGAACCUCUUACAAUGAGCUGGUAACUCAGGAGCCCACAUGGACAAUGGGGGUGAGCCGCCCACCUCUCCCCCAGCCACAUUCUCUUAGCGGGGUAAACAGUUGUCUUCUGAGGCUCCUUUAAUGGUGAGCCAGCUGCUCCCUGGGGUCCGAGUCUGCUGCAUUAAGGCUGGGAUGGGGAAGACAGCCGAGGAGGGAGGCCUUUGCUGAGCUGAAGGAGUCUCAAGUCAAGGCCUCUCUCCUCACCCCUCCUCUCUGCACAUACAGAAAAGGACUGUAGCCAUGCGUCUGACCCGACAUGCAUACACAUCCGGCCUACAGCUCUGUCACUCAGGGCACUGGGCACCAUGGAUGAAGAUUGGGAGGAGGGGUUACAAAUCUUACUUUGAUCCCCUAUAGCACUUGGAAUCUCCCUGCGUUUAUUCCCCUACUCCAUCACAAUAGAUCUCCUUAGGAUCUCGCUGGAUGCUCUGCUCCUGCACGAGAGAGACUUUUUCACUGGAAGGUGGUCACCGCCUCACUCUCGGGAUUGAAGUCUGCAGCUUGAUACUUGUGCCUCGAAGUGCGGUGGUGUAAUGUUCUCCUUCUCCGCCAGGUGGCAGUAUGGUCCUCUGACCAGGUUGCUUUGCCCAGGGUGGCGAACAGCUGAUUUGCUCAGGAAGUACUAAUGCUUUUUCUGUAGGGUGUGUGCUGUAUCUGUAUAGUCAGCGCUGGCAUAUGGGGAUUCACUUUAUAUUUGCAUACGUUUCUAUUCAAUAAAUAAAAUUUUAAAGGAAAA